GCAGCAACAGCGGCAACAGCAAUAUUCACUUUGAUCGCAGGCGUGCAGACAGCUAGAGUAGUAGAGUGGUUGUAGCGGAUCAGGGAGAAGCGUGUGUUCCGGGCCUCAUGUGCUCCUUUUGAUGGAAGUGUAUGGGAAUGCGAUAGACAUCAACUGCCUGCAUUUGACUUUCCACCCAUUUUACUGUUGGAGCCGUCGUUAAAUGUAUCAUGAUGUAACCGGGUGGGUCCGUGAUGUACCAAAGCCGGGAAAAAGCAACCUUGUCGAGGUCUAGGUUGAGGCCUACUUAUUAAAUCCCCCUCCUCAUCCAACUCCACCGUGAUGGCUGAUGAUCAACAACCUGGUCAGCACCAGAGCACCGGUUCUGGGAUGGGAUCUUUGCCACCUCUGGUCCCAGGAUUACAAGGGACUGAAGCCAGUGCACUGCAACACAAAAUUAAGAAUUCCAUUUGCAAAUCUGUACAAUCCAAAGUGGACUGCAUUCUGCAAGAUGUGGAGAAGUUUACAGACAUUGAGAAACUCUACCUCUACCUUAAGUUGCCUUGUGGUCCCAGCAAUGGCAAUGAAAAAAGCAGCAGCAGCAGCAGUAGUGCUGAUCAGAGCUCCAUGUCGUCUAGUCGUACCCAGCAGAUGCACGCGUUCAACUGGAUCCGGCACCACCUGGAGGAGCACCCGGAGACCUCGCUGCCCAAGCAGGAGGUCUACGACGAGUACAAGAGUUACUGUGACAAUCUCAGCUACCAUCCCCUGAGUGCUGCUGACUUUGGAAAGAUCAUGAAAAACGUCUUUCCCAACAUGAAAGCUCGCCGACUGGGCAUGCGAGGCAAAUCAAAGUAUUGCUACAGUGGACUGAGGAAGAAGGCUUUCGUUCACAUGCCCUCUCUGCCAAAUCUAGAUUUACACAAGUCGGGUGACGGGUUCGAGGUGCUGGAGUCCUCCUGUCAGCUGGCCACAGCAGAGGAGGAGGUGCGCUCGGCGGCGUGCGGCCUGGUGUGCGAGUGGGCCCAGAAGGUUCUGAGCCGGCAGUUUGACAGCGUGGAGGACCUGGCCCGCUUCCUGCUCGGCAGCCAUUACAUCGGCACCAAGUCUGUGGCUGCGCUCACCGUCAUGACCGGCUCUCCCGCAGGCGUCAAGAUGCCCAUGCAGGCGUCGGCGUUCGUGCCCGCGGCGGACGGCGCCCACGCCUUCCAGCCUCAGGUGAAGACGCUGGGCGCCUCGCCCUCUGUGGACGCCAAGCAGCAGCUGCAGCGCAAGAUCCAGAAGAAGCAGCAGGAGCAGAAGCUGCACUCCCCGCUGCCCACCUCCGCCGCCGAGCUGCACGCCCACGCCCACCACGCACGCAGGGCCGAUUGCGCCACGCCCGGAGCUGGGGGCGGGGGCGGGCACACCAUCGCCUGCGGCAGCCCAGCCCUGCUCUCGCCACAGCCCACCAUCGGCAUUGUGUUGGCCUCCGUGCCCAGCCCCGUCACGGUCCAGCGGAGUGGCCAGCUGAUGACCUCCCCCAGCCCUGUGCCCAUGGUGGGCUGCUCCGAGGGCAAAGUGCUGCCGGUCAACUUCCAGGUGGUGACGCCGGUGCAGCAGGUCAAGCAGUCGCCCAAGACGCCGCAGAACGUGCCGGCCAGCCCUGUAGGGGGCGCCAUGAUGGACCGCUCGGCGCGCCACCGCCAGAUCCUGCCCAAGCCCCACCCUGCCACGCCCACCGGCGCCCUGGCCAUACGCUCGCCCUCCACCCUGCUCAUCACCAACAGCCCUGUCAAGACUGUUAUGCCCACGUCGCCCCACGUCGGCUCUGUCAACGUGGUCAAGAUGACAGCCAUAUCCCUGGGCUCCAGCAGCAGCAUUGGCGGUGGAAACGGUGGCGGCAGUGCUAUCUUCACUGCUGCUCCCACCACCGUGUCCGCAGUGCGCCCCGCCUCCACCGGCCUCCCCGCCCCCAGCCUGUCGGAGGAGCACAGGCCCAGUCCGCAGGUCCGGAGUGGUUCCGCUGUGCCCAUGUUGUCCUCCCCUCCUCCUGGUGCUGCUGCUGCCAGGCCGCUGACAGGGGCCACCGAGCCGUCUGCCUCCAGCGCCGUCGCCCACACCGCCGACUCCAACUCCAACUCCAACUCUAGGACGGAGCCCAAAGCCAUAAUGGAGCCCGGCCGAGCCCCGAGAGGCGCUGCCAGACCCAAACCCAGCGGGGUGACUCAGGAACCAGCCGGGGGGCAGCACAGGGGCGGCGGCAGCAGCAGCAGCAGCAGCAGCAGGGGGCAGCCUGUCAGCGGACCUGUGCCCGUGCCCAGGGCCGCCAGCGUGCCCACCCCCCUCGCCAAGCCCUCUCCGGGAUUAGAUGUGUUCGCCGGAUGUAAUCACGGCAGCGGCAAGGCCCCGUUUAGCGCUGUCAGUGGCAGCGGUGGCAGCAGCAGCAACAGCACUACCACGACGCCUGGCAGCAAUAAUUCUAACAAUAACAAUACCAACGACAGCACUUUGAUACUGAGCGUUGCCAAUCAGAACACCAGCACUAUUGCUCAGUCUUCGGCUAGUGGCACCGGUGGCGGUACGAACGGAAGCCCGACCAAGGAGAGCCCCCAGCCUCUGUCCAGGAGCCCACGCAAGCGCCUGGGCUCCGAGGCCAGCCCCUCCCCUGUGAGGAAAGUCUUCGUGUCCCAGCACUCGUACGGUCUGGCCGAACCCCCCAGGCUGCCAACCUUCGGCGCCGCCUUGAAGAGGGUGGGGCCCAGGCCCGGCGGUCCGACCCGGCCCGAGAGCGCCCCAGCCAGCGCCGCCGCCCGAAUCACCAUCCGGAUGAACUCGGCGACCCCCACGCGCCUCCUGCCUCUCUCCGACUCCCCCUCCAGUUUCCAGGCCAUCGCCAUGGAGCCCCAGUCCCAACAACACAACACCAACACCACGCUGCACGGGAAAUGCGAAGGCGCCACGUCUGUUCGGAUGACUACUCCCACCCCAAACACCAACACCACCACGAGUGCCUCUGCUGGACAGGUCUUGUUGCAGCAGCAGCAGCAGCAGCCUAUGAAUCACCCCCAAGCCAUGGUCACAGACGUCGACAUGCUGGAGGCGUCGGCAGUGAACGAGCUGAAGAACGCCAUGUGGGCAGACGGCCACCUGGGGGCAGUGCAACACCCACACCAACAGCAACAGCAACAGCAACAGCAGCAUCAACAACAUGCUCCCCAACAACAACUCCAGCAGAUGACCGAACACCACCACCACCACAAGCAGAUGUCGGCCCCCACAGCUAUGAUGAGCCACAACAACACCCCCACCACACACACACCCACCACCCCCACCCCCACCCACACCCACACCCCCACCAGCCACAUGCCCACCACCCCAACCGCCCACAUGACCAGUGUUGCCCAGCAACAACAGCAGCAGCAGCAGCAGCAGCUCCAGAACAUGAUGGAAUUCGGCGGUGGGCCUCCGCCCAACGUCAACUUCCCCUUCCCCUUCCACGACGACGACAUGACGCAGGACAGCAUCGUGGAGGAGCUGGUGCAGAUGGAGGAGCAGAUGAAGCAGAGGAGGGCCCUGCAGUCGGCCCUCAGCGCCAGCAACGCCAGCAUCAGCAGCGUCAACACGGGCCGCAGCAGCAGCUGCAUGGAGCUGGGCGGAGUGGGAGUUGGAGGUGGAGGUUGUGGAUCAGCGGGUCUCCAAGGUCAGAUCACUCCCAUCAUGCACGGCGGCUCUGUCAUGACGCCGCACCACCACACGGGGACGCCCCACCACUACUACAGCUCGGCCCACGGCAGCACCACGCCCAUCCAGACCCCAACGCCCACCCCCACCAUGACCCCGACCCCGACCUCAGAGAUGAUGGGCGGAGGAGGCGGAUGCGGAGGCGGGCACCAGGGCUUGACGCGCGAGAGCCCGUGCUCCAGGGUGGCUGCCAGCACGCCCGUGGACAGCGCGCUGGGCAGCAGCCGCCAGACGCCCAUCGGCACGCCGCACUCCAGCUGCAGCAGCAGCAUCCCGCCGCCCAGCCCCGUGGAGUGCCGCAACCCCUUUGCCUUCACGCCCAUCAGCUCCAGCAUCACCGGUUACCACGACGGCAGCAUGGUGUCCAGCAGCCCCGUCAAGCCCAUGCAGAGGCCCAUGGCCACGCACCCGGACAAGGCCAAGCUGGAGUGGAUGAGCAACGGGUACAGCGCCGGCGUCGGAGGAGGCGGAGGGGGGCCGCCGGCGUCCAACCCCGCCCCCACCAGUAUCAGCAUCCUGCCCAGCUACCAGGACUUGGUGGACGACCAGUUCCGGAAGCCCCACGCCUUCGCCAUCCCGGGCCCGUCCUACCAGUCUCAGGCCAGGCACCACGGCAACGAUGGCAGCGCGGGCAACGCCACCACGCAUAUCGGCCGGCUGACGCCCAUUUCACCCGUGCAGCAACAGGUGGGCAAACAGGAGGGUUUCGCCGUGCCCGCUCCACUGGACGGUAAAACCAACGCUACCUCAUCCUCGGGCAGUGCCACCGCCGCCGCUGCGUUCCGAUGCCGCAGCGUGAGCCCCGCAGUCAGCGCCCGGCAGCGCAACCUGAGCGGCAGCACGUCGGGGAUGGUUGGCGUGGCGUCCGUGGGACCCAACGUGCCGCGCUCGGUCGUCUCGCCGUUCAACUCACCCGUGACCCCCGAGGUGCUGAACAUCUUUGCCAACUGCCACGGUGGCAGUGGUGGUGACAUCGGCACGAGCAUGGCCCAGAGGAGCCAAUCGGUGCCCCUGAACGUGAUGAUGCAGACGGAGACUCAGCUGUCUUCGCAGAUGGGCCACCAGCAGACAGGCAUGGGCGUCGGCGUGGGUGUCGGUGGCAAGAACAUCACCAGCGUGCUGCUGAACAAGAUGGACGGCGACGGGGACGAGGCCGUAAGAGGCCUGGGCAUCAACAACAUGCCCUCCAACUACACCGCCCGCAUGAACCUCACCCAUAUCCUGGAGACCAGUGCCACCGGCGCCAACGGCCCUACUGGCACUAGCCCCGCCAGCUUCCACCACGCCAGUGCCAACCACAACCACCACCACAACCACCACCAUCACCAGGGCCUGGUCUCACCGACGGUGCCCGCGUACGAGUUCCAGAAGCCUGGCUAUGUCAUGAAGAACACCAGGGCGCAGGAGCAGGUGGGCUUUGCUGUGGGCGGUGGUGGGGGAGGAGGUGGAGGUGGAGGAGGUGGCCAAGUGCAGGCCAUGGCGAGCCAGCAGCAGCAGCAGCAGCAUCAGCAGCAGGCGUCUAUGCAGGAGCCGCAGCAGCAGCAUCAUCAGAGCCAGAGCCAGACCAUGAUGCUGCAGCAGCAGAACCCUCUGCCAACAUCUCAACAUCAACACCAGCUCCACCACCAACAGCAGCAACAACAACAACAACCACACCAGAUGGAUUUCAGCAGCUCUGUCAAGGAGUUCCUGCGCGAGGACAGCCUCAACCACCAGGCCUCACAGGCGUCACAGAUCCCAGGUCAGGUGUCGUCAGGAGAGCUCGGCGGCGGUGGUGGUGGCGGCGGCGGCGGCGGCACCAUGGGCUCGGACUUCCCUUCCAGUGGUGGCGGCGGCAACAACAACAACAACAUGCGACUCAACAUGGCGUCAGAGCUGUCCGGCAGCAUCAGCGACCUGAACACGCUGGACGCCAACCUGCUGUUCGACCCCAGCCAGCCGCAGGGGCAGUACGAGGACGCCACGCUGGAGGAGCUGAAGAACGACCCGCUCUUCCAGCAGAUAUGCAGCGAGACCGUCAACGCCACCGGGUUCGACUGGCUGGAGAGCAAGGAUCAGACCACUGUAGAAAUGUUAGGGUAAUGGGUUGGAGGGAGAGUGUAAGGCCGACCACGGGAGGUAUGUUGGGAUGAUGGGUUUAACGUCAUGUAUACAUAUAAAUAAUAAUAUACUAUACAUAUUAUACAUUUAUUUGUAAUUAUUUCAAGGGAAAAAAGACUGUUUUUUUUAAUGUUGCUGUUUUGGUAAGUGUUUUUUUUUUGUAAAUUUACACAGAAGAAGGAAAAAAAACGAAAACAAAAUUGUAUAGCACACCUGCUGCAAGUUAUCUGGAAUGCUGACAUUGUGUUUCUUUUUAGACUAAAGUGCCAGGCUGAACAGAAAUUAACACGUUUUUUCAAGUAUGCUGGUUAUCUUUUUUACAAAAAACUCUUAGUGCCACACCGCUAGCUAUCCCACAGCUAGUGCUGUCACAGCCACUUCAGGCUUAGCUGUUACUGCGCUCAAAGAAAGGAGAGGAGUAGGAUGAUGAUAUUGAUGAUGAUGAUGGCGACGAUGAUGUUUCUUGGGGGACAUAUUGUAUUUCGAGGGUAUGUCAUGGAACGGCCAAAUCUCUGCACUACCAUACUUCUCUUUAUUUACGUUUUACGUAUUGUUUACAACACCAAGUGGGUCUUCCACAGUUGUGGAAGUUAACACGACCCAAUCAGGAACAACAAAGCAUCUCUUACUACUGAAUGGUACAUCCAAAUACCCUGUGAAAUAUUGACUAGCACCUCUUGAUGUACUUUGUCCCCGUAGACAUUGAACACGUCGUGGGGUUUCUAGUGGCAUUUUCUUAACUGAGAUUAGCAUUUCACAACAAACUUAAUAUAUACCUGAAGGGUAUGCUAAGAAGCUGGUUCAGGAGUAA